UGGCGGCGGCGGCGGCGACGACGGCGACGGGGGGGUGACGGGAGAGAGGAGGACACCAACGCCGACAGCCGGUGGCGUCGCUCGGAUGGUGUUGUUGUUGUUGUUGCUCCGGACGAGGCGACGAUGCGGCCGCACUGCUGGGUGAUGGUAGUGCUGGCGGGGACCAUGUCGUACUUCAGCCCGGAGAGAGCGCUCGGAGCCCCGCAGAGGGAAGUGUCUCAGACCAGAGCUGCUUCCCUCUCUCCUCCGCCCUACGUCGUCAUCCUCAUCUCUUGCUCUGGCCUUGUCUCUUUUGUCCUGCUCCUCCUGACCUGUCUGUGCUGUAAGAGAGGAGGAGUGGGGUUCAAUGUAAGUCUUCAACAUGAGUUCGACAAUCCAGACGGGGAGGAAUGCUCCGGAGGCUCCAGUCCCAUCCAGGAGGACAGCCUGUCGUCAUGCGCCUCCCUCCCUGAAGUCUACACCUUGCCAGUCCGAGAGAGGCCCAGCUGCCUCGCCCGGCAGGAUGGAGCAGACUCUAAGACUCAAUGGUUUAAAAGACACACUUUAAACUACCUUCAGGAGAUAGGAAAUGGCUGGUUCGGAAAGGUGAUCCUGGCUGAAGUGCUGUGUGACUGCACCUCCUAUCAGGCCGUGGUGAAGGAGCUGCGUCUCAGCGCCAGCCCUCUGGAGCAGAGGAAGUUCUUGGCCGAGUCUGAGCCGUACAGGAGCCUUAAACACCCCAACAUCCUUCAGUGUUUGGGGCAAUGCAGUGAGAGCAUUCCCUUCCUCCUGGUUAUAGAGUUCUGUCAGCUGGGUGACCUGAAGAGGUAUCUGAGAGCCCAGCGCAAGUCAGAUGGGAUGACCCCUGACCUACCGACCCGAGACCUCUUGACUCUCCAGAGAAUGGCUUAUGAGAUCACCUCUGGUCUGCUGCAUCUCCAUGAAAACAGCUACAUCCACAGUGACAUGGCUUUAAGAAACUGCCUGCUGACAUCAGACCUCACGGUUAGGAUCGGCGAUUAUGGCCUUUCACACAACCAUUAUAAGGAGGACUAUUACCUAACUCCAGACAAGCUGUGGAUCCCCCUGCGCUGGAUUGCUCCUGAGCUGCUGGAGGAGUUCAGAGGAUCUCUCAUUGUUACAGACCAAACCAAGACCAGCAAUGUGUGGUCCUUGGGGGUGGUCAUAUGGGAGCUAUUCGAAUUUGGCUCUCAGCCCCACAGGCACCUGAGUGACGAAGAGGUGUUGACCUUCGUCAUUAGGGAGAGACAGAUCACGCUGGCCCAGCCCAGACUCAAACUGUCGCAUGCAGACUACUGGUAUGAGAUCAUGCAGUCCUGCUGGCUACCUCCGUCUCAACGCCCCUCCGUGGCAGAGAUAUUCCUCCUCCUCUCCUCCCUCCUGGCCGCUGAGCGAGGAAUGGCGAGGGGGAGUGGCGGGGAGGACGAUGAAGAGGAUGAGGAAUAUGAGGAGGGUAGAGGAAGGAGAGCGGAGAGCGAAGAGUCGUUUGAAAGACGCUGGGACUUACUGCGCCCGCCUAGCUUUCAGUCUGCAGCGAGCAAGCGUAGAGAGAGGGAGUACGGCAGGGAAGACAACUCCUACCCGCUGCUGGACCCUGUAGGGAACUGUAUCACCACGUCCUCGUCUGAACUGGACGACAUCCUGACAGUCACAGAAACCAGCAAAGGUUUGAACUUUGAGUAUUUCUGGGAAAAGGCUCAUGCCAGAAGAGGCUACAAACCUCUCCCUCCUCCUCAGCCAAUUCCCACCACAAACAAUAACCACCGACAGUCUUUGGACACACCCACCGUGGUGCCGGUGAUAAGCGCCCGUAGCCCCUCCCUCGCCAGCGAGUACUACAUCAGAUUAGAGGAGCACACUCCCCAGGACAAGUCGCCGACUCUUAAAGGGAGGACUCAAUCCUCUUUCCGCUCUGACUCGAUCUGCUUGGGAGCCAUGGAGCUGGUGGAGAUUCGCAGUGGGUUGCUGGGAAAAGAGCGAGUCCCUUACUGUUCCUCUGACAAGUAUGGAAAAGGCCUCCAGACCGUCAGAUCAAGUGAGACUCAACUCCAGGUGCCCAACACAGGUGUGGCUGAAUUCAGAGACAGUUCGAGCAGAGUGACUGACUUUUCAGUAGUUGAUUUAGGAGAUGACGAUGAGGAGGACAUGAGAAGGGGUAGUGAGGGAAAUAGAAAAUCUCAAGCCCCGGUCCUUCCUCCCAAGCCUCGCUCUAUGUCCAUGUCAUCAGCAAACCACCUGCACUCGCGCCCUCUGCCCGCCCCUCCACUCAGUUAUCGAGGACUGCCUCACUAUACCGUCGGUGGAAAAAUCGAAACAGACCCCCAUCACAUGAGCAGCUGUCCACAUUCUACCUUCGAUCACCUGGGGUUCCAUCGGCCUCGACAGACCCUCCCCCCGUCUCCGUCCCUCUCCCCGUCCCUUCCCCCGUCAAGCCAUCCCAUUUACCCCCAACCUCCUCAAGUGGGUGCCCCGCCCCUCCCUCCACACUCCAAGCCACAAAGAAUCUGCCCCAGCUACAAUACGGCAGAGACUUAUUCAAGAUACAGUAGGCCGCAGAUUCAGAGAUACAGUAGAGACCCAUUAUCCUGUGACUUGUCUGACAGAGAAGGUGGUAGCAGGCACCUGCCAUCAGUCCACAACUCAAGGGAGGCUUCUCAUUCUCGCGCAAAAGACUUUGACUCUCCCGUUCGUCGGGAAAACCCACUUCGCCCCAUUUAUCGCAAUUUGCCCCGACCUCAGCCCACGAACCCCCAGAUUGACAGACAGUCUUCGUCCAGUCCCACUUACUCAGAUGAGGAUGACUCUCCCUUCAUGUCCCCUGAGAGACCCAGCGGCGGGACUACCGUCACUCACUCCAGCCUAUCUGAAGAUGCAGACCCAGCAUGCGCCGAGCUCUUCUCCAGGGGAAUGAAAAGGACACAGUCACGCCUCGACACUAUCCUGCCUGCCAUUUGGAGGGAAGAUGCUGAACUUCAUGCAGAACGUGUGGCUGCUGCCAAGAAAUCCCCCAUGCAUCUGUUUCUGACAGAGAUAGCUAGUGUGACAGAGUCCAGUGAGUCCAAGUCAGAGGCUUCCUGGGAGGGACAGAAGGAGGAGAAACGAGAUGGAGAGAGAUGGGGGAACUUUGUGGUGCCCAACAGAGGGAUGCGCCGCUCCCAGUCGCUGAUAACAGAGCUGGGGUCAGCGGGACAUUCGUGGGGACCAGAGAAAUGUAACAACAGGGAAGAAGCGGAGUACGACAAUACAGUCACUAAAGACUCAUUCCAGAGGGAUCUUUUCCUCACAGAGAUCGACACAGGAAGGAUGGACACAGAUCCGGAGGGAGGAUCAAUGACCGAUCCAGUAAAAUACCUUUAUCCUUCAGGAUCCAGAUUGCGUCCCUAUGUCUGUGCUCCAGGACUUCCCACAUACACCGAGGCCGAGGAAGCCUAUUCAAAGGGUAUGCGGAGGUCUCGCUCUCUCCUCUCUGAGAUCACCAUCGGAAAGCAGGAUGCUGAGUUUCAGCCGACUGAGAAGGAGUCGCCGAGAACAGAAAUGACCAGAGAGGAGUUCCUCAAGGAGAUCCAAUCAGCAGAGACCUUUCUGACUGAAAUCAUAUCCAGACAAAACACUUCUACAAACAGGAUAGAAACGGAUACAUCUUACUCCCCUACUCCACUGUCUCCGGAAUACGAGUCCAUAUGCAUUGACCCAAGCGCCGCUCAGACCAUCAGAUUUCAGUCGGAGAGCUCAUUACGAGCGUCACAAAAAGGCAAAGAGGAAACAACAACCGAGGCCAUCUACGCACAAGUGACCAAGCGUGCUAAAAAGAGUGAGAUAAAGGUUUCUAUGAAACCAGAGAUACCAGUCCUUCAUAUAGGAUCAAAUAAAACACCUCUUAAACCGGACUGUGAACGAAGCAAUGUUGAAAACGGACAAUCUGAUGAGUUUGUGUUUUCUGAAAUCAUGCCCAAAAAUGGUCUGUUGCACAACCAAACGCCUGCAUUCCACAAAGAAGAGGAAGAGAGUUCAGAUGGACCCGCUUUACCUGCUAGAGGAGAGCAAAUAGCUCACUCAGAGCACUCUCCAUCUGAGUCAACUCCGAGUGUUAAAGAAUACAACCUGAACAAAUCGCUAAUUAUGAAUGAAGAAGGUAGUCAAAAGGCUGCUGGUACGGGGAAUGGUGAGUUAAUGAAAGAAAACCUGCAUGGCAGCGGAACCGAGAGAACAACUCAAACAGCUCAAAAGCCAGGUACCACGACAUAUGAUCCUCAUAAAGGAAAGUACCAAACUGAUGACGUUUAUGGGGUGGUCUCUGAACACAUUAGAGAAGCUGAUUUGGAGAAUUUUGGAGAACAUUUGGGUUCCCAGAAAGAUGAUGCGACAAAAACUGAGAAUUUCCUUCAUGACAGUGACACUGGCGAGGAGAAACACUGUCACGCUGCUGAAAAGUCCCUCAUCCCAGCAGCCACUCCAACCUCUCCAGACUUGGAUCCAUCCUUUGACGUCUCACUCAUCACCCCAACCGACUCGGCCCUGUCGCCCAUGACCUCCAACUCAGCCGACUGCCUCACACCUAGUGACUCCUGGACGAGCGGUGAAGGAGGGGUUGGAGGAGGCGGGUGGCGAGCUCUGGGAAAUGAAACACCACAUCGAGACUCUGCCUAUUUCUCAGACAGCGAGGUGGAGGGGGAGGGCAUGAACAGGAGGAGCAGCGAUGGACUUUUUACUUCCAGGCCGAGCGGCGGUCGAGGAGGGGAUCGUGGAACUCUGACAGGAAUUGAGGAAAAAACUGAGGAGGAGGCAGAGUUAGGAGAAAAGAGCCCAUUGAGAAAUAGCAUACAUCUGUCAGAUAACAAAAGGGAAAUUGGAGAAAUAAUUGAACUGUGUGAGGGAACCGGGACUCCAAUUCAACAUGCUACAGGAAAAGCCAUCUUCAAUUUCGGUGAUGACAGAAAUAUUCUAAACAAAGGGCUGGAGUCAACACAGAGAGACGAUUUUGGCAUUUUUCAAAACGAAAGUAAAGAGUCAACACUGCUGUGUGAUGAUCCUCAGGCUAAGGACCGUGUUGACGUAAUUGACAAAUUGUUCUCAAAAUUAAACGACGAGCCACUGAAAGGACCGCACAGCUGUGGGUAUCCAAAGGACAACAACUUCCAAGAAGGCGUCGUCUCUCUAAAAACUGAUUGCACACACCAGGACUCUGGAGGGAACAAUUUAAAUCUACAAUCCAAGAGCAUCGCUGAGACAAAUCAUUUGAUUGAAUCGGAAUCUGGCAGCCGGUCAAACGAUUGUGUGUUAAGGCCCAGCAAUAAAAAAUACACAAGUGUUACAGAAGCAGGUGUUGAUCUGUCUGCACUGGAAUCACUCAAACCUGGAGAUGACACUGCGGAAUAUGUAACCCAACCAGAAGUUGACAAAAGAGAAUCGAGAUUAUCAAAACUUUAUGGCAUUCAAACCGAAGAGUCCCCUCUCGGCGAUGACACCCUGUCAGCAGUUGAGCCGUGUGAUGAUGGGAAGUCCGUCUAUGAUAAAUCGAGUGGUUCGACCUGUCCUUCUUGGGCCGAGGAGGGUGCUGAAGAGCCCGAGGGAGGUGAAGAGAGGCCCGGUCUCGACCACAACGAGCUGGGCCUGAGGAACCUCCGUUGUUCAGACGGCAGCGAGCACAAGAAGGUCACGACAGAGACAGAGAAACAGCUGGCUGCCGCAGAGCUGAGUAACGCCAUGAAGGAAAAGUCGCCCUUGAGAGGAGCAGCCAGUCGGGUGGACUCCGCUAACAGUGCAGAAAAAGACUCAUGCGAGGGACUGGAUGUGAAGACCAAAGAGCUGUGGAGCGCUCUGGAAGAGGAUGAGGAAAAGGCCGUUUCUGGCGUAGUUAGCGGAGAGUUUGACUGCCACCGCUUUUCACAGUCAAGCGACUUGCGUUUGUGGCCUGAUGAAAAUGACCAGUGGGCCUCUCCGGAGAGGAGAUGCCAAGACGCUGAACUGAGAGCGGAACUCUUCUCCGGGUUCAUUGAUAAGGCGUGGGAGGUGGGGGAGAGGCUGGUUGUGGGUCAGGAGUUUUGGGAGACUGAAGAAAACGAUGAACUUGCAGGAAGCGAACAGCACCCUGCCAUCUUGGAGGGCUGCGAAGAAACCUGGAACGAUGAAACGCAAGGACUUGCUGGUAAACUUGCCGUUAAGGAAGCAUGGGAAUCCUCCGCCGAUAAUGAGCGACAGGCUCUCAAUGUGUUGGAUGUGCAACAGGAGGAAAAUAUUGAGGACUUAGGGGAAAUUGGCACAUUUAACAAAGAUCUAAAAAGAGAAACCUCGGAAAUGGAAGUAGAGAAUAGAGAAAUUCCAGAGCAGGAGUCCUUGGAAAAAGGAGAGAUGGUGAUUUUGUCAGACGCAGACACAGUCCAGGAUGGGGAAGAUCUGCUAGACUGCAGCGGAACAGAGGAAAAUCUGAAUUUUAACAGAUGGCCUCAGAAGAACCUACAAAACGAAGGACUGACCUCAGCUGAGCUUGUUGACAACGAGAAAGGCUCUAAUUUAGAGAACUGCUUCAGUCACACUUUGGAUAACUCAAAUAUAACCAUUUGCAUCACCGAAGCUCCAGAUGACAACAUUUCAGACCUGGAAAAUGUUGAAUCAGGUGCAGAUUCGGAGCCUGAAAUGAGGCCAUGGCUUGCUAGGCAACAUAUAGAAGAGACAGUAAGCAUUAUGAAUGAAGAAGAUGAUUACAGAGACAUGCCUUCUCCACCCAAUCCCAUCUCUUGUCCAAGUGACCUUGAUGUGCAGGACGAGCCAGAUCAGUCUUAUCCACAGGAAGACAAUUUCAGCUCAGUAGAUUUCCCUAGUCCUCCAACAAGCAUAGACCUUGAUGUACAAUAUGAUAAAUUGGAGAGUUUAGACGACUCGUUUCCUAGUCCACCACCAUCUGUUAUAGAGGCAGAGGAAUUUAUUAGUCACAUUAAUCUAGAAGACUUUAUUGCUAGCCCUGAGACAGAGCCGUAUAUUACCCCGACUCACGUCGCCAAUGUUUCAGAGCCGACUCUGCAAGAAUCCCCACCCGCCGUAACUCAGAGUAAAGGGAUCUCCGCCAAUCUGAACCCUCCCUCUGUGCACAUAACCCCGGCUGAUGAGAGCAACUUUGCAUCUGUCAUAAAAAGGCAGGAUGAAGAUAAUAAUCUGUUCCAGAAAACAUCCUCUGCCUCCCCAUCUUCCCCCCAAGUUCCCCUCAACGAUCUCCCAGAAUUACUCAUUUCUGAGUGGAAAGAUUUGGACGAAGAGCCCCUGGAGGACUUUGAAAAACUGGAACAACUGUGUUGCAUAUCUGGAGACGAGGAAGACUGUCUUGGUGAUAUUUUUCUGGGGAACCUAGAGCUGCUGGAGUCUUUGAAGAAAACACCCGAGCUGAGGGGCAGCAGUCUUGGUGAUAGCAGUACAGGUGACUCCCAAACUCCUCAGGGGAGCGCGGUGGAGGAUCGGACCUCCGAUAACUCUGACAAACUGAUCCUGGACUCUGAAGAGGAGAAGAAUGACAGGCAGGGUUCAUCAACAGCUGAUGUCAAAGAUCAGGGCUCUCUCUGUAAGAUGACGAAAAAGAAUGGCCUCAUGAUGCAGGUGUGUGAGGAGAGGCUUCAGUUCUCCCUCAGUGAAAAUGUGAAAACAAACGUGCUGUGGGGGUCGACUGUUAAAGACACAGUGAAGCUGCGGCCCUGGGGGGAACAAAUCAAAGAGAGCAGCAGUGAGCUGGUCACUGUCGUAGAACAAAAAGAGGAUGAAAGCCAAGAGGAUCAUGAAAGUUCCCCCGGCACUCAGGCGCCCACCGAUGCUGAUGAAACUAAAGCUGAGCCGCUCACUGUGAUUGAACAACCUGAGGUCACAACCCCUCAGCCGACUGCAAACCAGGCAAUGAAAGCAAAACUAGCUCGUCUCUCUCUCGCCCUCCCUCCACUCGCUCUGACUCUUCCCCUCAUCCCCGCUGGUAGAGGAGGUUAUGGGGACGGUGCAAUUGGAAAUCGGAUCGGAAGGCGGAGAUGCAUGUCCGCAGGGAGCGACCCUGACGACGAGGAGGAGGACGAACAGGAGGACGAAAGCUCCAAGAGGAUGAUUGUUGUCACGGAAACAGAUGUGGACAAACGUGUCGGCCUGAGGAGUCUCCUGAAAUCCCCCAAAGAGCCGAUGGACCGAGAGAGGGACCGAGGAAGAAAUGUGUCCUUUUUUGAUGAUGUCACAAUCUAUCUUUUUGAUCAGGAAACUCCGACAAGUGAGUUGAGCAGUUCAGCCCCGACAAGUCCAGCCCCAGUGUCCGUCAAAAGCACCAAGCUGGAUUUGCGUAGUAAGAUCAUAAUCUUUGGCCCAACAUCAAGAGCAAAGAAUUGAAAAGGAAAGAGGAUUUAUCACUCAAACCAAGGUCGCCUGCGGGGGCCAAAUCAGUGACAUCAUCGCGCUUCACUGUCAGCCCUGCCAACGACCCCCACUUGGUGUGAUGUUUCAUUGCGUGGGAAACCUUUAGAGCUGAACCCUCUUGGACUGGCCAGUGAAUUAACCACAACAACCAGCCAUUCACCCAGAGGCUAUUUUUUUAUUGAAGAGGCAAUUCGAAGAAUGGAUCCCGUUCUAAAAGCUGGACACAUUCCAGGUUUUACCAGCGACAGGAUUUUGUAUGACAGUGGUUGUUGUGCUCCUGCCUGCCACUAUUUACAGAGCGUAUUCAUAGCCUUCAGCUACAAAAGUCUUUGGAAGAGGCAGCAUAUACUACAAGAGGAGCUCGGAGCUUUGUUGACAGCUAUGCAGUGGGAUCUUGCUGUGUACCAGCUAACCUUCUCUUUUUCUUCUUCAUUUUGUUGUGUUAUUCCCCAGAUGUGCGGGGAAUGCCCUUUCUUUGGUCAUUGAUCUAACUAUGUAAACACUUGGAUUACAGUCCUCUCUUUAUUAAAGAAGUUUUUCAUUGCAGUCAGUCAGUUGUUCUUGUAGGCAGCCGUUUGGACCAGAAAUUGCUUGACUCCUGUAUUUGAGAAUACUCAUUUGUACAAAUGUCAUCAUACAAGUGAAACCAAUAUCAUUUUAGAGCUGUUUACUUUUAGAUGUAUUCUUAGACUGCACGGAAAAUGAAAACAGCUAUGCUUCUUCAUACUUUCAGUUGUAAAAAUAUUCCUCUUAUGUUAUUAAUUUAUAUUAUUGACAUUUGUUACAUUGUUAAAUUAUUUCUGUAAAGCGAGUUUUUAUGCAAUAUUUUUUUUAUUUAUUAAUCUGUUUAUUUAUUUUCUUUAAGCAAUUAGCAUAUAUUAACUUAGCUAUUAUUUGUUUGGGACUGAAUGCAUCUAGGUUAUACCUUCUCUAAGAUCUUCAUAACAAAUAAAUCAAAAUAUUUUCCCAAACGUGUUAAUUGCUAAAAAAGUAUUUUGUAUAAUUUGACUUGUUAAUAUAUGCCAAUCCGUAUGGAAAUAUGUCCUGUAAUGUGUAAUUAUUUUCCAAUGUCUAGGAUUUUUUUAGCUGUCUCGUCAUUAUUUUACCUGGUUUAAAGACCAUUAAUGUAGCUUAGCAUGAAAAAAUCAAAGCCUUUCAACAGUAAAUAACUCCAUUUGUUAGUGUAGGGCUGUUUGUUUGUGUUAAUUUACCCUAUUUUCUACUAAUUACAGUCCAUUCUGCAGUCCGGGUCCAACUAGUCCUAAUCCACAAGUUUUGUCUGUUUAAAUGUUGGUUUAAAACCUGUAUUGUUUAAAGAAUGGUUUUCAAGGGGUAAUUAAAAACAAGGGGAAAUAAAAACUACAAAUGUGAACCUGUUAUUGAACCAUUUCAUGGAAAUAAAUUGUAUUGUUUUGUAAUUGUAAA